AUGUACAACACCGAAUUCGGGCGGCGGUUGCGCAGCCAAAGCUCUGGCGGCUCGACCCCCUCAUCCUCGAACCGAGAGAGCAGAACGACAGAUUCAUUGCUCGGUAUGACAACUGACAGACUCCUAACAGGCUCUCCGUCCAGCAUGACGAGCCCCCCCAUACCAAUACCAGGAUCAUCCAGGGACAUUGCGCGAAAGUCGAGUGCACAUCGAUCUUCCAGUCUAACAAACCUUGCAGCCACCUCACGCGCCGACUCUUCACGGUCAAUCAUGUCGGCGUCGUCUAGCAUCAAAUCGUCCUCACCUUCCAAGAAGCAUCUCGCCAGCAGCUACGUCGACAGGUUCAUCCCACAAAGAGAUGGCACCGACUUGCAUACGGCUUAUCAGUUGAUAGGCGACGAACCAGCAACGCCUCACCGGCACAAGCGCAAGAUUGCUCUUGACAUGGACGCACAGAAGGAGGAGGCGAACCAGGCCUUCUCAUCGCUACUGUCAUCCGAGCUCUUUGGGACAGAGGCUGGCCUCAGCACAUCACCAAGUCGAGCUCAGCGUGCCAAUGGCUUUGUCAACUUUGCAUCCAGCUCAUCCUCUUCUGUUCAUACCAGCGGCGGCUCAUCAGCGACGCGUCACUCGAGCCACGCUGGCCUCGCGUCUCCAGCAACACCCACAAAACGCAACCUGUUCAGCUACAGUCCCUCUCACAUCCGCACACCAGGUCGCAGUGGAUCUGGCAUGGGUAGAGUAGUCGAUUUUGGCAUUGCCGAAGACGAGCUCGGAGCGAGUGGAUCUCGUCCUGGAGGUCUCUUUGGUGGUCUCGCAUCGCACUCCGUCGAGACUCUCGAUUCUCCCAACCAUCGCGCGUACAGUCUGUCGCCGGUCAAGCCCGAAAGUCGCAGCCUCUUGCUUAGUCCUCGCAAGCCAGCACGCGUCCUGAGCAAGGUGCCUUACAAGGUGCUCGAUGCACCGGAUCUGGCCAACGACUUUUAUCUCAAUCUCGUCGACUGGUCAAGCAAGAACGUUCUCGGAGUGGGGCUGGGCACAUGUGUCUAUUUGUGGUCGGCAGCCAACUCGUCGGUGACCAAGCUGUGCGAUCUCAAAGACUAUGCCAAUGACGUGGUGACCGGAAUCAACUGGGCCGGCUCUGGAAAUCAUCUUGCGAUCGGCACGCAAAAGGGUUUGGUGCAAAUCUGGGAUGUGGAAAAGCAAAAGCUGCUGCGCACCAUGCGUGGACACUCGCAACGUGUCGGCUCACUGGCUUGGAACGAGGUGAUCCUGACUUCAGGAUCGCGCGAUAGGGUCAUUUAUCAUCGCGACGUCCGUGCACCCGAUCAGCACAUCCGCACACUACGAGCACACCGGCAGGAGGUGUGCGGUCUCAAGUGGAACACGGAGACGAACCAGUUGGCGAGCGGUGGCAACGACAACCGGCUAAUUGUAUGGGAUGCGCUCAACGAGACGCCGGUGCAUCGAUUUACGGAGCAUACGGCGGCGGUGAAAGCGAUCGCGUGGAAUCCGCAUCAGCAAGGGAUCCUCGCAUCGGGAGGAGGCACAGUGGAUAUGAAGAUCCGAUUCUGGAAUGCAAGCACAGGUCAGAUGCUCAACGAGGUGGACACCGGCAGUCAGGUGUGCAACCUAAUGUGGAGCAAGACGGCUAACGAGCUGAUUAGCACACAUGGAUACUCGGGCGGAGCCAUCCAGAACCAGAUUCAGGUGUGGAAGUAUCCGUCAAUGCAGCAGAUUGCGACGCUGACGGGUCACACGAUGCGAGUACUCUACCUUUCGAUGAAUCCCACUGGUGACACGAUUGUGACGGGAGCAGGUGACGAGACGUUGCGUUUUUGGGAUCUCAACACUUCGCACAGGGCGCAGCACGACAAGCGGCGGGAAGCCAACGCCUUUAACCCAUUCGCCAAGCUGCGAUGA